GUCCUGGCCAUGUUUGGAGAUGUGCAAGUCCUCCGUCAUUCUACCCCCCCACACACACAGCCUGUUGGUCGACGGGACGGACUAGACUUUUACCCUGUGUGUCUGUCCCAGGUCCAGUUUAUGUAGAUAUUGUCGCUAUCGACACGACACUUGAACGCCGCGUUUCUGCUGCUGCUUCUUCUCUCCGCAUCACAAGAGAACUAAAAAAAAAAGAACAACCAAACCAAAGUGGUUGAUGAACAAACAAAAGCAACAAAAACAACAACUCCAGCCUUCACCUCCCACCCUCUUCUUAAUCUGAAAAUAAAAAGGAAUCAGUCACAACCAAAACAUUGAUUGGUGAUUGUGUGACUGUGUGUCUCAUGGCUCUCCUCCUCAGACGUGGCCUCUUCACGGCCCUGCGACAUGCUCUUGAGCAAGGCAGCAGCUCUGUCUGCCACCCUGCACUGCCUGCUGCUCUUCUAGCCCAGUCCUUGGUUGUAGCCCUGCUGAGGGGUGUUUGGUUCUUGUGGUGGGUGGAGUACCUCUCUCCAGCAGCCAUGUCGGGCUUCAAUCUUCUGCAUCUAAUAACCAAGAGCCAGCCUGUAGCUCUGAGAUCCUGCAGUCUUCCCUCAGGAGCAUGUAGAACUAAGAAGACAUGGCCAGUGAGCUUUUCUCAGGAGGAUCUGAGAAAGCGUCUCACACCGAUGCAGUAUCAUGUUACCCAGGAGAGAGGAACUGAGAGUGCCUUCACUGGAGAGUUUACACACCAUAAGGAUGAUGGGACCUAUACUUGUGUUGUCUGCGGGGCCCCACUGUUCAGCUCGAAGACUAAAUUUGACUCAGGAUCGGGUUGGCCGUCUUUCUUUGACAUUGUGAAGGAGGAGUCCAUCGCCCAGACUGAUGAUUUUUCCUAUGGGAUGCACAGAGUGGAGACUACCUGCAGCCAGUGUGGAGCUCAUCUGGGACACCUGUUUGAUGAUGGACCAAGGCCCACAGGAAAACGCUACUGCAUUAACUCUGCCUCACUGGCUUUCCAGCCUAAAGACACCUUGUCCACCUCCAGCUCAAUGGCUGAAGGUGGAACUGCCAGCAGCUCAGUGAGUGAUGGGAAGAUGGAGCACUGAAAGAAAGACUGUCUGCUGACUGUGUAUGAAGUCUAAUAGUACACAUACAUAAAUUACUUAAUAUAGUUAGGUUCUGUAUUGUUGAUGCAAGAUGUGAAGAUAGAAUAGAUUGGAUAUUGCAAAAGGAAGGAAUGCGUUCAGGCAUCAGACACAGACCAGAGAAAUACUUUCUGGUGUAUAAUCUUAUCACUAGGAGUGCACGCUUCCAAAACAGCCAUUUUGUAGUCACAAAACACACUAUAUCAGCUCAUUGCCUUAAAGGGAACAUAAGUAUUUAAUAACCUGUGCUCUAUUCUCAGAUAUUUUUAAGCUGACUCUUGGUCAUGAUAACAUUAUUUGUAGAGAUUUGGGGAAAAGGGAGCAGAAAGAGUUUGUCAUAGUAACGACAGGGAGUUCUGGAAAAAUGCUAGAAGUGCUUGAGAUGAUUUGGUUUAGACAGUGAUUACAAUUUUAUGAUGGACAUGACCCUGGUAAAAAGAAUACCAUUCAUGCUGACAAAUACCAUCAUUCCCGUUAUUUCCCUUUAAUUUUCUAGAUCUGGGCAAUAGCAUUUGGUCUGCUAAUUUAAAUAUGGAUAAGGUGCUGUGUAGUAGUAGAGACACACACAUACACAUAUGUAUGUAUAAUGUAUAUCUAUAUAUAAUGUAGAGCUUGGGAUAUUCUAACUAAAAAAAAAAUUUUAUUGGAAUAUAUUUUUGAAGUGAUCUUUGAUACUGAGUGGUUGAUUUAACGAAAUUGCCUGUGCAAAUGCUUCUGCUUCUGUCAGCAGUGAUACAGGCAGUGACAAAGCAUACAGUUCCUUAUCUAGUUCUUUACUUUAGUAAAUAUUUUUGGUCACAGCUUGCAUUAAAAAAGUUAAUGGGUCAAUAAAUAUAAUAAAACAACAGA